GGGGGCGGGCGGUUGGUUGCGCCGUAUAUAAGAGCGGGCAGAUCACGCAGGCAGCAAGUCACACUCCCACCAGUCGAAAGCCAUGGAGCCCACCGCCAACCCGUACGACGACUACGACUACGAAUACGAGGAGUUGGAGAACUCCACCAUGUGCGACUACUCGGAGUGGACGCCGUCCUACUCGGUCAUCCCCGUGCUCUACAUGCUCAUCUUCAUCCUGGGCCUGUCGGGCAACGGCGUGGUCAUCUUCACGGUGUGGCGGGCGCAAGGGAAGCGGCGCGCGGCCGACGUCUACAUCGGCAACCUGGCCCUGGCCGACCUGACCUUUGUGGUGACGCUCCCCCUCUGGGCGGUGUACACGGCCAUGGGCUACCACUGGCCGUUCGGGGUGGCCCUGUGCAAGAUCAGCAGCUACGUGGUGCUCCUCAACAUGUACGCCAGCGUCUUCCUCCUCACCUGCAUGAGCUUCGACCGCUACCUGGCCAUCGUGCACUCGCUGUCCAGCAGCCAGCUGCGCACCCGCGGCCACAUGCGCGCCUCCCUGGCCGCCAUCUGGAUGCUGUCGGGAAUCCUGGCCGCACCCACCCUGGUCUUCCGCACCACCCGGCACGACCCGGGCAGCAACCGCACGUCCUGCGCCAUGGACUUCGGCCUGGUGGUGAGCAACAAGCAUCAGGAGAACCUGUGGAUCGCCGGCCUGAGCAUUUCGUCCUCCGCCCUGGGCUUCCUGCUGCCCUUCCUGGCCAUGAUGGUGUGCUACGGCUUCAUCGGCUGCACCGUCACGCGCCACUUCAACACGCUGCGCAAGGAGGACCAGCGCAAGCGGCGGCUCCUGAAGAUCAUCACCACGCUGGUGGUGGUUUUCGCCGCCUGCUGGAUCCCCUUCCACGUGGUGAAAAGCGCGGACGCCCUCUCCUACCUGGACCUGUUCCCAGCCACCUGCGCCUUCCUGCGCUUCCUCCUGCUGGCCCACCCGUACGCCACCUGCCUGGCGUACGUCAACAGCUGCCUCAACCCAUUUCUCUAUGCCUUCUUCGACCUGCGUUUCAGGUCGCAGUGCCUCUGCCUGCUCCACCUCAAGAAGUCCCUGCACGCCAGCCCCGCCGGCUCCUUGUCCUCCCAGAAGACGGAGGCACAGUCUCUGGCCACCAAGGUCUAGCGCGCCUGGAGGACUCCGUCACUGCUCGGUGCUUAUUUACGGGUUCCCGACCCUUUGUGGGACUACUGACUUGAAGAACUUUUAAGGGACCAAUUGUGAAGUAGACGUGUGGAAUGUAUCUCCAAAAAGCUUCUCUUUUUUUCUUUUUUUUUUUUUUCGUGGUCUUGGACUCAAGUCCCUACAACCGAAGAAUGAAAAGUCACACUUUUGUUCUUAUUCUUUCAGAGUACUCACACAGAUACUUGUGUAACAAAAAAAAAAACAAACUCUGACAGACUUUGAAAUGUAAAAAGAUGAAUUCUGACAUUUUUAGCCGUGACAUUUGGAUAACAUCAAGGGGGAAAAAAAAGCUUCUGUCAUCCGAACUUGUUUCCCUCUUUCGUGAUCAGGUCGCGUGGUGUUAGCUAGCUAGCGUUUUAUGCUAUCAAAACAAAGUGCUCCCAUUGCCUUGCUAAUGAAGAGACUAACAAAAAAAUUGUCAAACAUGACGUCUUACUCGUAUGUUUUUUCAGAUUUGACACAUCGCAUUCGGCCUUGAUGAUUCUUGCAUCUGACAACAAGCAAUUCUCUUAAACAAGGCCAUGGAUGGGGAAUAGCUUGCUUCUCCAAACAAGUCGCUGUCAUUAAUGCUCCCUGGUUCCACCAUGUUGCCGCAUUCCUUUUUUCCACCAGUCAAGAUCUCAACUACAGUUGACGUAACCUCUCUUCAUUUACAAUUUUUUUUUUUAACAUCGUUUUGUCAUUCCCUGUGGCUGAAAAAAACUAUUUUUGACUCAGUAAGGAGUACAAAGAAUUAUAGUACAUGUAAAAAGCCCUUGGGAGAAGUAGGGAUACUUAAAAGUACAGUAACCUAGUAUUUGUAUACAUCUGUAUACUUCAAUCCUGCGCAACACUGCAUUUCUUAUUCGUUAAGUACUUGAGGUGGGACAAACCGGCAAGACGUCAGUGUCUGUGGCAUUUCCAGCCUGUGGUGUGUUACUACAGUCGUGUGUACGUGUGUUUGUGUGUGUGUCGCUAUGAGGUGUCAGGCGCUGAUAAGCAUGGUAAGGAGAGACGGGAGGUCUUGAGAUGCAAGGAGGGGGUCUAGACAGACGGACAGAUGGCAGCUGACAAAUGUUUUCAGACUCCCUGGGCUCUGAGCCCAAUUAAAAGGUGACUCGUAGUGACAGGCAGUGUGGGGGUGUGUGUGUGUGUGUGGGGGGGGGGUGUGUUGUCAGACACAAUGCGUUUGUUCCUGACGAAAACAUGAAUUUGUGAA